AAAAAUUAGCUUGUAAUCAUGGGAGAACAAAUGAAAUUGGAAGGUCAAUUACGUGGACACAAUGGAUGGGUCACUCAAAUUGCGGCUAGUCCAGUGUACAAAAAUAUGUUAGUUUCUUCUUCAAGAGACAAAACAAUCAUUUUGUGGCAGUUGGAUGAGUCUGGAUCAGUUUUGACAGGCAAACCGUUAAAGUCCCUUCAUGGGCAUGGACAUUUUGUUUCUGACGUUGUAAUGUCAUCUGAUGGGCAAUAUGCACUUUCUGGCUCGUGGGACAAAACUUUGCGUCUUUGGGACCUUAACACUGGCCGGACAACUCGUCAAUUUGUUUCUCACACAAAAGAUGUUCUUUCCGUUGCUUUUUCUGCUGACAAUCGCCAAAUAGUUUCUGGAUCGCGCGAUAAAAAGAUUAAAUUGUGGAAUACUCUUGCACAGUGUAAACACACGAUUGUGAAUGAGUGCCAUACAGAUUGGGUUUCUACUGUUCGGUUUUCUCCGUCCAAUACCAAUCCAGUCAUUGUUUCUGCUGGUUGGGACAGAAUUGUUAAAGUUUGGAAUUUGGGAACAUGCCAGUUGAAGACGAACCAUAUUGGGCAUGGAGGUUAUAUUAAUUCUGUUACUGUUUCGCCUGAUGGGUCGCUUUGUGCUUCGGGAGGCAAGGAUGGUUCAGCAAUGCUUUGGGAUCUUAAUGAAGGCAAACAUCUUUACACUUUGGGUGGAAAUGAUGUAAUAAAUGCUUUGGCAUUUUCUCCAAAUCGUUAUUGGCUUUGUGCUGCUGUUGGCCCAGUUGUUAAAAUUUGGGAUCUUGAAGACAAAACUGUUGUGGAUGAAUUGAAGCUUGAUAUUGCAACAGCUACAACAGGAAAGAAGCAACCAUCACCUCCACAAUGUACAUCACUUGCUUGGUCUUUGGAUGGUCAAACUUUGUUUGUUGGGUAUACAGACAAUCUUAUCCGUGUUUGGCGUGUUUCUGCUCGUUAA